UCCAAAUGACGAAAUUAAGGCGUACUCAACUCCGAACGGACCCCGCAGGGAGAGAUAAUUGCAUUUCUCAAUGCCAGCAUUCAUCCACCUUUAACCAUUCCAACCAUCCCAAAAGACAAGGUCAAAGAUGGCACCGAUCAAAGAAGUAGCACGUUCAGAAGAACAAGCUCUUUCACUCAACUAUAUCCGCACAAUCUUACAACGAUUAGAAGAUACGAUUUUAUUUCAACUUAUCGAAAGAGGACAAAAUGCACAUAACGCAGUAAUGUACGAGCCAGGAGCGAUUCCGGCUUUGAAAGAGAAAGAAGGUUGGGAAAGAUCUUGGGUGGAAUGGUUCUUAAAAGAGACCGAAAGUUCACAUAGCAAAUUACGUAGAUGGCAAGCACCUGACGAAUACCCUUUUACUGAUGUCAAACUAUUGCCUGCUCCCAUCUUGCCGCCGAUCGAGUAUCCCAAAGUACUUUAUGAACCCGCAAUCGUCAAUGUGAACGAUAAAAUCUACUCUCACUAUAAGGAUCAUUUGGUGCCCGCUCUCACUAAGAGAUUUGGACAAGACUCCGACGAUGGAGAAUAUGGAAGUGCUGCUGUUCGUGAUGUAGAUGCUCUAGCAGCAUUGUCUAAACGUAUUCAUUUUGGUAUGUUUGUUUCUGAAUCCAAAUUCCGAUCGGAUACGCCUACAUUUGUAGAUGCGAUUCAGAAGCGGGAUACGAAAAAGCUCGAAGCUUUGAUCACUAAACCCGAAGUGGAAGCUGCUUUGCUUGUUAGAUUGGAAGGUAAAGCAAAGGUUUAUGGACAAGAUUUGAAUAGCUCUAUACCCGAAAAGGAUCUCAAGAUCGAUCCAGACGUUGCUGUUCAACUUUACAGAGACUUUGUCAUCCCUCUAACAAAGGUCGUUGAGGUGGAUUAUUUGCUAAAAAGACUUGAUGGGCUUACUGAUGAGCAUAUCCAAGCGCUCAAAUCUGGACAGGUUUCCAAAUAAUUUAACUCAAUAAGACAUGAUUCUCCUUCUUGGUCAUAAUGUAUCUAUACAAGGUCUCAUAUAAUAUUACAAGGAUGCGAGUUAAGCUUUACCCUUACUGAGAUUCGACUUCUCUGUGUAGCUUUUGCAUCUCGUCGUCUUUAGCUU